AUGGCAAGUAGCAAACCAGAUUUCAAAGUUCGGGCUAUUACCUAUCGAGAAAUUGAAGUAAAAAGUAAGGAAGUUAUCAGUCGAGUUUCAGAAAGGCAAAGUCAUUGCUCUUAUAUAGAACCAAAUAGGUUAGCCAUAUUGAGAUUGGUCCAAAACUGGUUAUUUCAUUGUGAUGGUGAAAAUUAA